UUGUAUCCACGGUUACGUGAGCUCUAAAUCAAUGUAGUUUAUCAUGGAGAUACGUAGGCUAAAGUUAAGCUAUUUUUUAACAGCUAUGAAGGUAAGUGCUACUGUAGCAUUAUAUGCGUUGCUUUUGGCGUUGUAUCCAGGAUUUGCGACGUUGUGCUUGGUUUUAAACUCAUUUCGGUGCUACAGUAGCUAGCUCUAGCUAGCCUAGCUUUACUUCGAUUGUGAUGUUAGCUAGACUCAGUGUUUGUCUUUAUUAAUGGGGAUUUGUUAGUACGUUGUGGAAAGUGUGUGUAAUAUGAUUUUAUGUUAUGUAGAUGCAGACAGUCUUGUGAGUCUCAAGGUAUUUAACACAUUGACAUUUCCCUGCUGUAUGACUGUUAAGCCUGUGUUCUGCUCCUCUCUUUCACCACCCGUCUCUGGAGGAGGGGAUCCCUCACUGAAUUGCUUCUCCCAAUGUUUCUUCAAUUUUUUCUCCUCCAAUCCCCUACUGGCCAAUCAUACUUGAUCAUGGGUGGAGACUAGACAGAGAAGACACCUUAAGGCUCCAGAGAGACUACAGAGAUAGACUCAACCAUAGAGAGACUCAACCAGACACAGCAGUAACCACACAGAGGAUAAACCAGAGAAACAAGCUUCCAGACUCUAGAUACAGGAUCCAGAGAGACCAGACAGAGAACAAAGAGAGAGCUGAGUUAUGGAGACACAUCACUGUGAUACAUGUGGGAAGAGCCUUUCCUCAUCUAGUAACCUUAAGAAGCACAUGAAGAUCCACACUGGAGAGAAGUCCUACAGCUGUGACCUCUGUGGUAAAACCUUUAGCCGUGCUAGCAGUUUAACAAUUCACUGCAGAAUCCACACUGGAGAGAAGCCCUACAGCUGUGACCUCUGUGAUAAAACCUUUAGCCAGGCUUCCAAUUUCACAGUUCACCGCAGGACCCACACUGGAGAGAAGCCCUACAGCUGUGACCUCUGUGGAAAAACCUUUAGCCAGGCUGGUCAUUUCAGAGCUCAUAGCAGGAUCCACACUGGAGAGAAGCCCUACAGCUGUGACCUCUGUGGCAAAACCUUUAGCCGUGCUAGCAAUUUCACAGAUCACCGCAAAAUCCACACUGGAGAGAAGCCCUACAGCUGUGACCUCUGUGGUAAAACCUUUAGCAGUAAUAGCAGUUUCACAGUUCACCGCAGAAUCCACACUGGAGAGAAGCCCUACAGCUGUGACCUCUGUGGUAAAACCUUUAGCAGUAAUGGCAGUUUCACAGUUCACAGCAGAACCCACACUGGAGAGAAGCCCUACAGCUGUGACCUCUGUGAUAAAACCUUUAGCCAUGCUAACAGUUUCACAGUUCACCGCAGAAUCCACACUGGAGAGAAGCCCUACAGCUGUGACCUCUGUGGUAAAACCUUUAGCCAUGCUAACAGUUUCACAGUUCACAGCAGAAUCCACACUGGAGAGAAGUGCUACAGCUGUUACCUCUGUGAUAAAACCUUUAGCAGGUACAGAAAUUUCAUAGUUCACAGCAGGAUCCACACUGGAGGGAAGUGCUACAGCUGUUACCUCUGUGAUAAAACCUUUAGCAGUUAUAGAAAUUUCAUAGUUCACAGCAGGAUCCACACUGGAGAGAAGCCCUACAGCUGUGACCUCUGUGGAAAAACCUUUAGGCACGCUGGCAAUUUCACAGUUCACCGCAAGAUCCACACUGGAGAGAAGCCCUACAGCUGUGACGUCUGUGGUAAAUCCUUUAGCCAGGCUGGCCAGGUCAGAGCUCAUAGCAGGAUCCACACUGGAGAGAAGCCCUACAGCUGUGACCUCUGUGAUAAAACCUUUAGCUGUGCUAGCAGUGUCACAGUUCACCGCAGAAUCCACACUGGAGAGAAGCCCUACAGCUGUGACCUCUGUGAUAAAACCUUUAGCAGUGUUAGCAAUUUCACAGUUCACCGCAGAAUCCACACUGGAGAGAAGCCCUACAGCUGUGAUAUCUGUGGAAAAACCUUUAGCUGUGCUAGCAGUGUCACAGUUCACCGCAGAAUCCACACUGGAGAGAAGCCCUACAGCUGUGACCUCUGUGAUAAAACCUUUAGCUGUGCUAGCAGUGUCACAGUUCACAGCAGGAUCCACACUGGAGAGAAGCCCUACAGCUGUGACCUCUGUGACUAUUCAGGUAAAACAAAUAGCCAUCUGAAGAGUCACAUCCGUGUCCACUGUAGAAAAACCCCAAAGCCGUGAUGUCUGGGGCCAAGCUGUCCCAGCAGUCACCACCUGAGAGAACUUCUGUAUGACCCACAGCUGGAAGAACUACCGGCCUACAACUAAAAAAUCUAAAAUCCUCUGCUGUUAGACUGCUCCUCCCAAGGUUUCUUCCAUUUUGUUGAUCACAUUUUAUUGAUGUAAUACUUUUUAGCCUGUGUUAGGAACCUUGUCUAGGGAGAAACGCCGUAACACUAGACAAACACACAAGACAGAACACACAUGCAAACAGGGUGAGGGACAGGGAACAACCUGUGUUCUGCACCUUUUGUUCACCAACUGUCUUUGGAGGAGGGGAGCACUGAACUGCUCCUCGCAAGGUUUCUUCUAUUUGUUCUCAAAUUUUCCUUGUCUUUCUAAAGGGUUACGGUUGGUUAGGGGUAGUUCUAUGGGCGUAUGUCAAGCCCUCUGUGACAUCGCUUGUAAAAAUGGCUAUACAAAUAAACUUGAUUUGAAUUUGAUGAUAAGUCGUCCAAUGCACACUGAUCUUUAUCCAUUGUUGAAGAAUACAACACACUUCUCUGUAUUUACAUUUGCAAGUAAAGGAUCAAGAGACUGCAUGGUUCUGAAACAAAAGGGUUUAUUGUCCUAUUUACAAGAUGAUAGCCUGAUAACAGCAGUUUACACCCUUCUCUCCUGCCUCCUGGAUGGUUCUGAAAUAAAAGGGUUGUAAUAGAAAAUGAUGAUGAAAAAGAUGUCUAUACUAUUCUUUUGCCUGGACAUUUUUUUGUUUAAGUUUUAACUAACCUUUUGGCCUAAGACAGUAUUGCUCAAGUUUCCGCUUGCUGACCAAACGUCUAACAAAUUAGACUGUUUGACCCUGGUUGUUUUGCCCACACAGCAUGGAU